AUGGAUAGUAAAAAAUAUGGAUCGUCUGGGAGACCAAUCUCGUGGGCUGGACGUAACCAGUUUUCAGUGCCAAAAUGGAUAAAAAAUCCCGAUCCAGCCGACAUCAAAUCGACACUCCUAGACAUGUAUCAUGACUCCGAAGUCGAUGUCAAACCUUUGGCCAGUGGUUUCAAUCGGGUUUACGAAGUAGAAUGGCCGAAAAGGAAAGCAGCUUCAAAGGCUAUCAUGCGAGUAAUGCUGCCAGUUGAACCUCAUGACAAGACAGAGUCCGAGAUUGUCACCAUGCAAACCGUACAACGAAUAUCAAGCUUAUAUAUUCCGAAAGUCAUUAAUUCGGACUCACAUCCUAACAACCCAAUCGGGUACGAAUGGAUAUUAUUGGAAUAUAUCGAAGGUACACCUCUCCCCUUCGUGGCGGGGAUGGAGGAGAUCGACUGGAUCUUGAUGUCCGAACGGAGCCAAAAUGCACUGAUAUGGCAUUUGACCAGGUUUUAUCGCGCGAUGUUUGAACAUCGGCUCACGUACAUCGGCAACCUCUGGCCAGGAACUACAGCAGAGUCAACCAAGUUAGGGAACCUCAUCUCACCAGAUUUCUAUUGGGCAGACCACACUAGCUGUGUGGUCGACAAGGGUCCAUUUCGUAACAGUCAUCAGUGGCUCAGUGCACGUCUCAAGAUAAAGUCUCGGGUCUGUCAAGACACGACGAGCACAUAUCCAACUUUCGCACACCGAACCGAGCACAUCAUCAAGCGUCUCCGAAGAUUGUUGGAAGACCUCUUCGACCCAUAUAUAGUAGAAGACACCAUCCUCACCAACUAUGAUCUUAGCGCUGACAAUGUCAUAAUAUCUGAAGAGGAUGAUGAAGCGUUCCUUCAAGGAAAAGCACGACGUCAGAAGCCUCACAAGAGAGACUACCAAGAUGACAAUGACGAUUGGCUCCCCGGGGGUGAAGAAGACCACGAUAAACAUAUAUUGCAAUACGAACGCACCAGGCUCCAGAAUUUCUUCGUCCAGGAGAUGUUGCGUCUUUGUCCCGAGUGGGUAAGGGUGUAUGCCUCUCCCAUGUCACGUCUACAGAAGGACUUUGACCUUGCUGUGGGAUCUUGCGAUGAUGUGGUCACUCAACCCUUGAUUAAGAAAUGGCUUGAUACCAUAGAGUCAGGUGUAGAGAAUCUUCGGCUUCAGAAUCUUGACAACCGCCGUCGACCGUGUGUUUCCAAUCUGGGACUUGCUAUACGUAGUCUUCAGGACCGCAUAUACGAUAAUACCAACACUUCCGACACCGUAAAACGCCCUAUCGUAGGACGGGAAUCGUGAAUUUGGAAUUCGAUACGAUGAAAGGAAUAAAGAGGAAAGAAAAGAAAAUCGCCAGUCGAGAUGUCUCUAUGCGAUAUUACCCCAUUCAGCAACCACUUCACCAUAUCUUACCAUUCUUUUUUCUUCGAGGGUUAUGAUAGUCA